CAUCAUUAUCAACGCCGGACUGAAUAUCAAUGCAAUGUCUCAACCGUCUACAUAAUGCGGUCAGGACCCAAUCGCCACGACUGCAACGUAUUUUGACGCACAAUCGUCCCAUCGAUACACCUUCCCGGCGUCUUACCGUUAUGGCCACCUCGAAUGGCGCAUCACAACCUUCCCGAACCCUCAAAAUCCUAAUGCUCCACGGUUUCACUCAAGACGGCCGUCUCUUCGAAAUCAAAACCAAAGCCGUCAAGAAAGCCCUGGAAAAAGCCAUUCCUGCCGCCCCUAAACCGGGCCAUCUUGAGCAAUACCCCGAUGGCUUGGAAUUCCACUACCCGACCGCUCCCAUCAAAUUGGACCCUCGAGAUAUCCCUGGAUUCGCUGGCGACGAGAACGAUCAACCGGAAGCGUAUGGCUGGUGGCGACGGAAAGGCGACACAGAGCCUUUCGUGUACGCCGGCAUGGAGCAGGGACUAGCGAGAAUCGCCGAAGUGAUCAAGAACGAAGGCCCUUUUGACGGCGUCAUAGGCUUCUCGCAGGGUGGCGCGGCAGCAGGGAUGGUCGCCGCGCUCCUCGAGUCUGGACGGAGAGAAGCGUUCGAAGCAGCGCAACAAAACGGCGGCAUGCGUUACCCAGAUUCCUUCGUGCAGGACACAGGUUUCAUUGAAGAAACGGUGCAGCCGCCGUUGAAGUUUGCCGUGUCUUACUCUGGAUUUGGAGCGUCGGCCAACGCGCUGUAUCAGGCGUUCUAUGAGCCGAAGAUACACACACCCAUGAUGCAUUUUAUCGGAACGGUGGACACGGUUGUUAGCGAGGAGAGGAGCUUGAGACUUGUGGAUGCUUGUGUGAAUCCAAGGGGCGCAGAGGGUGGGGUGCAGAGAGUGGUGUAUCAUCCUGGGGGUCACUUUCUGCCCAGUAGCCAGAAGCAGUAUGUUGGUGCGCUUGCGAGUUUCAUCCGAGAGUCCGUGGGUGACACAGGCACGGGAAGCACAUCGGGGAAGACUGAGGAGCGGGCGGAAGAUAUGGAGUUGCCCUUUUAAUACACAGGACGCUGACAUGAAUUGCGCGGGCCUUUUAGCCUGUUCGCUCAUCAAUCUAGAUAUAUAGACACGAGAAGAUGUUUUUCUGAAUGGUUUCUCA